CGGUCGAGUAACGAGUUUGCGAGUUUGAUUUGAUGUUUCACUUGUGUUUCAGGCAUAAAAACUGAACCUUUCCUCAAUUCUAUGCAUUUGUACUUUAUCUAGCACCAAGCUGACUUAGUUUUCUAACACAAUGAUUUUAAUGGAUAUAUACGAUACGGCGAGUUGGUGGACCUUACUCAUCGGUCUUCAAGUAGUCGUCGGCUCCGCAUACUUAUGGCUUAAGAAGAAUAAAAAAUCUGAACCUAUAUUGACGAGAGAGAAAUUUUUAGAGUGGAAACCCUUGCCUCUAGUUGAGAACAUACCUGUAGAAGAGCCACCUACAAUGGGCAAAAUAGAUGAUGGUGUAUUGAAUGUUGGUGCUACAAGCUUCCUGUGCUUGGAUAAGGAACAAUCUAUCAUGGAUAGUGCAAUUAAUUCCUUGCAUAAAUAUGGGGUUGGGUCAUGUGGUCCCAGAGGGUUCUAUGGUACCAUUGAUGUGCAUUUGGAGUUAGAAGAGCGUUUAGCGAAGUUUCUGCAAGUAGAGGAAACUUGUGUGUAUUCAUAUGGAUUUUCCACAAUAGCAAGUGCUAUCCCCGCUUAUGCUAAGAAGGGAGACAUUAUUUUUGCAGAUGAAAAAGUAUGGUUCGCUAUACAAAAGGGCUUUGACGCAUCUCGUAGCACAAUAAAAUACUUCAAACACAAUGAUAUGAAUGAUCUUGAAAGACAACUCCAAGAGGCAGCUGAUAAAAAGCAGUUGAAUCCCAAAAGAAGAGCUUUCUUGGUAGCCGAAGCUAUUUAUAUGAAUACUGGAGAAAUGUGUCCGUUACGACGGCUAGUGGAGUUGGCUAGGCGUUUCAAAUUGAGGAUCAUUUUGGACGAAAGUUUAACUAUUGGUGUGAUAGGUAAGCAUGGUCGCGGUCUAACAGAACAUUUGAACGUACCGCGCGACGAAAUAGACUUGAUCGUGGGCUCUCUAGAACAUUCCUUCGCGACAGUGGGUGGUUUUUGUGCUGGUACACACUUCAUUGUGGAACACCAGAGACUUUCUGGCCUGGGAUACUGUUUCAGUGCGUCACUGCCACCCAUGUUGACGCAGGCCGCGAUAUCUGCGUUGGAUAUUAUUGAAAAACAACCCAAUAUUAUUUCUGAACUUGACGACAACUCGAGGAAACUGAAUAAGGCGCUGGCCAACCUCAAGCACUACACAUUCCGAGGAGACGAAUUGUCCCCCGUCAAACAUAUCUACCUUAAAGAUGAUUUAACGGACAGACUGAAACACAGUUACCUGAAAAACAUCACCAACUAUUGCCUACACAAGGGAGUGGCCUUAACAGUAGCUGCGUACUUGAGAGAUAUAGAAGUGAACUGUCCGGAACCUUCCAUACGUUUGGCUUCCAGUAGGAAGUUGAACGAUGAAAACAUAGCUUUAAUUUGCAGUUUACUUGAUGAAGCAUAUGAACAAGUUGGGCCAAGUAUGGACAAAUUUCUUCCUUUAGAACAUUAAUUAAUUGUUUGAUCAAGUAAAGGUUAAAGUACAUAUUCUCAUAAUAUUUUUGUUUGAUCGUUAUUUUUAAUUUUUAGUGCAUUAAUUUUAGUCGACAUUUGGCAGUACACUGCCUUAAAAAUUGUUUAUAAUAUGUAUAUUUAUACGAAUAAUAUUAUUCAUUUUGUCACAAAUUUAUUAUAGGAUUAUGACGUGAAUUUAAUUUCACGCACAAAGAUAAUUAGGAAGAUCAAAUCGGAUUCAUACAAAUCAAAUCAAAUCAUUUAUUGUAUACAUUAGAAACCAUAUGCAGGUAUUACAAAUGUUUGUGUCGUGACAAAUUGGAUAUUUGGCAUGUAAUAUAGCAUCACGACACGACACUUUCAUAAUUUCGACUCGUCAUAGUUAAAAUAAAAUUAAUAAUAUCAGUAUUCAAUAAUUCCAGUUUGAAAUCAUUAAGUAUAGAAAUUAUAUGUUUAGGUAAUCUAGGGAAGGAGAGAAAUAAAAGAUGUUAUUUAGUACAUAUUACAUAAUAAAUAUAAUAAUGACACAGUGCACAUCAUGUUACAUAAUUAAUAUUAUUAAAUUAUUACUUUUU